GCUUUUCUCCCUCCCAGUCUCUCGUGCUUCUCUCCCGUUUUAUGAUUUUUCUUCGCUUUUUUUCGCAGGAGAAAAGCGAUUCGUUUUUCGUAGAUCGACGGUAUGCUCAUUUGAAGCAGCCGACCGAGAAAAUCAGUUUUUCGCGAUUUUUCCUGUCCCCCUGCCUCUGCAGCUGAGGACGUCUCCACUUGUUCGGUUUCCUGUUCGGCGUGUGUGCCUUCUUUUCCUUCGAUUCUUUGCUCGCAGAAGGCGUCGCCUCUUCUCAGAAGAAACGGUCGAGAAAGAAAACGAGCAAGAGACGGACGCUGUAGCGCGUUCUCUUGCCUUCCUCCAUCUCCGUUUCGCAGCACACAAAGAGCAGCCUGGCGAGGUCCUUCCUUCUUGCGGCCGCCGGCACGCGUUUCUCGCAUUUCUUGUUUUUCCCGCCUUUCGUUUUCCUCCAGUUUUUGCCGUCGCCUCUCUGUCGUGUCCUUCCAACUUUGUCGGAAUUCCCUGCUGGCUGUACUCCACCCACCUUUCGAACCGUGACGCGUUCUGCGUUGAGGUCGCGCGUUUCUGCUUUGUGUUUGUGCGCUGCUUGGUGAGAGACAUUUCUGCUGAUUUCUGCUCCUCCUCUUGUUCUCCGCUCUCCUUCUUACUUCAACGAAAUGGCGGCCGGCUCUCGGUUCCCCUUCUGCACGGCCGCGAGACUCUCCUCGCGAGGGACUCUUCCCCGACUGGGGGAGGCGACGUUCUUUGCCGGUGCAGAAAGCCAAAGAUCCGCGGGGGCGUUUGCAAAGACACUUCAGCGACCCUUCUUGCGCGCGCCGUCGACGCAGCUCUUCCCCGUAGGCAACAGACUUGGAGUUUCUUCGGCGCGGGCUCUGGUGGCGAACGCGAUGGAACCUCGGCGGUUCUUCGCUGCGGCCGCGAGCGCGAAAGCGACGCAUGCCCUGCAGCCGACAGGAACUGGGUCGGUUGCAUUUACUCGUCCUGGACAAGGAAGCAACGCACAGUUUCAAACGUCUCUUGCUGACAAGACGCGGGGACUCCUCGGCGUAGGCUUUCUUCGACCCACCAAGAUGGCCAGCUUCGCGGCAACCUUCCUCCUCAACUUUCGCUUCUACUUCAUGUACAUGGCGAGAACGACUUUCCAGGCCGUUCGUCCGUUGCUGGCGUUUAGCGUCUUCGGAGAAGUCAUGAAGCUGGUCUUGGCGACAAUGAGCUCCGGACUGUUCUCAUUUCUUUUCUCCUUCGUCCUCGCUUUCGAGGUCUUCUACUUCUUCCUCCAGUGCUACAUUUCGUAUACUUUCCUGACAAUGUUCUUCACUGUUCUCUUCUAACGUUUGUGAGGAGUUCCUGUUGAGACACGAAACGCGCCAGACAGUCCGGCGCAGAACCUUGUUGGACCUCGUUGAAAUCGAAGGAAAGCCGAUGGUCGCUUGACGUCGACGCGACCUGUCGACUGCGUUCGCGGGGAAGGAACAUGUCGAUUCAUAACGCAGUGCGCCGUUUUGUAGCUCGGAAUGUCGGAUACACCAGCAAGCAGACUAGCUGGCCUCCCACUGAAGAGCGAAAAGAUCACAGCCAGAGAGAGACACACAGAGAGCGGUGCAAAUAGGUCUUACGUGUAGGCAAACGGGCAAAGGGGCACCACCGGUAGAGCAGAACCUGAAGAAAUGGGGUCCAGUUUUGGAUAUGUCUUGGUUGCUGGAGGCCAAACAGCGACGCAGGAACUUGCUUAAUGCGGAACACAGCCGUAGGGACGCAGGCAUGAAGAAAAACUUGUCUGUAUCUCAUACGGGAGUGGGAGUCAAAUUCAGUAUCCGAGGUACUACUGUGUCAGCAACCAUAAAGGACGCGUUUUUGUCUGCAUCUCACAGUGGAGACAUAUUCAUGCGUUCGGGAGAAGGAGGAAAGUGUGGGGUCGCCCUGGUGUAGUGAACGGAGCGGCAGGCGGUCAGCGUUGGUCCACGGGUGCGGCCGUCUCUCGCAAGAGCCGGCACACCAUCGAUGUGGUGUUACAGCGAUGAAGCGAAGACUGCUAUACACAGCAAAGUUGAGACAUUCUAAAUGCAGUGGCCGACACCAGAGCCGAGCAGGUGGAGUUCCUCGAACGCACAAGGGCGCAUCGUACUGAAAAAUUGGCAAGUGCCAAUGCACGCAGAGAUAUGGGGACCGUCACACUCUGAGGAGGCAAACAACUCUGUCUCAACAACUGAACAGUAGCUACUUCAUUUGUCUGUCCUCUGAAUUCCCUCAUGACAAGUGUCUGUUUCUGACGCGUCGCUGAAGCUGCCUACAACAUGCCUG